AUGAUGGCGUUCCGUGCUCCUUUGCGCCUUCAAUUGGCCAAAUGCCAGCCGCUUCUGGCCGUUUCUUCCCGAUUUAACGUCCGCGCGCUGUCGUCUGCCACCGCCGCCGCCUCCAGCCUCCCCGAAGAUGUGAAGAGCAGCAUUAACAAGGAAGCCUCUGUCCCGAAUCCUGAUCCCACUGAAGACUCUCCCAGCGCUGCUCUUGUUCGCGAGCAUGCGCCCUAUAUGGUGGCCACUUAUGCCCGACCUCCGCCGGUGUUCGUGAAGGGUCAAGGCUCUCUCUUGUGGGACAUUGAGAACAGGCAAUAUCUCGACUUUACUGCCGGUAUUGCCGUAAAUGCUCUGGGUCACUGCGAUCCCGAGAUCACCAAGCUCAUGACCGAGCAGGGUAGCACUCUCAUGCACGCCUCGAACCUCUACUACAACCCCUGGACCGGCGCGCUUUCCAAGCUCUUGAUUGAGAAGACCCUUGAGGCUGGUGCCAUGUACGACGCCAACUCUGUCUUUGUCUGCAACUCGGGCUCCGAAGCCAAUGAGGCAGCCAUCAAGUUCGCCCGGAAGGCGGCGAAGAUCAGCGACGCUUCGGGCGACAAGUUUGAGAUUGUUUCUUUCAACAAUGCCUUCCACGGCCGCACCAUGGGCAGCUUGUCUGCCACACACAACCCUAAGUACCAGGAGCCUUUCGCGCCGAUGCUGCCUGGCUUUAAGCUCGGCAAGUUCAACGACGUUUCGGCGAUCAAUGAGACUGUCACCAAGAAGACAUGCGGAGUAAUUAUCGAGCCUAUCCAAGGUGAGGGCGGUGUUACUCCCGCCACUGAUGAGUUCUUGAUUGCUCUUGCCAAGCGUUGCCGCGAGGUCGGCGCUGUUCUCAUUUACGACGAAAUCCAGUGCGGUCUCUCGCGCACCGGUACCUUCUGGGCACACACUCACCUGCCCAAGGAGGCUCACCCCGACAUCAUCACCACGGCCAAGGCGCUCGGCAACGGUUUCCCCAUUGGUGCCACCAUUGUGAACAAGACCGUUUCUGAGAAGAUCAAGGUUGGCGACCAUGGCACUACUUUCGGUGGCAACCCGCUUGCCUGCCGCCUGGCGCACAACAUUGUCUCCCGUCUUGCCGAUCCCGCCUUGCAGAAGGAUGUUGUGGCCAAGGCCGCUGUGUUCAAGUCCCGCUUCGAUUCCCUUCGCGAGCGUUUCCCAGACUUGAUCAAGGAGGUCCGCGGCCGCGGCCUUAUUCUUGGUCUGCAGCUUACCCAGGACCCUACCCCCAUUGUCAAGGCGGCUCGCGAGCGUGGUCUGCUGAUCAUCACCGCCGGUACCAACACCCUUCGCUUCGUUCCUCCUCUGACCAUCUCAGAGCAAGAGAUCCAGCAGGGUCUGGACAUCUUGGAAGAGGCUAUUGCCGCCACUCGGUCAUGA